UUCACGCUGUUUUCACUCCGUCAAAUGAUUUUAAAACUCUGAUAUUUACUCGAAAUGUCGCAGGAGAAAACACAAGAGUUUGCGGCUCACAGAGGCGCGCAGACACUGACAGGACGAGCUGAGUCUAUAUGGUUCUCAUGUAGUGUUUAAGAGCGCAGCGCCGCAUUAUUGAUCAACUGUAGUGUGACAGUACAGAUCUGAACAGAGAAAUGGCAGAAACCGCUCCAGCUCCAGCAGCCCCGCCGGCGAAAGCGCCCAAGAAGAAAUCUGCAGCCAAACCCAAGACAGCGGGUCCAGGCGCGAGUGAUCUCAUCGUUAAAGCCGUGACGGCCUCCAAGGAGAGAAACGGUGUGUCUCUGGCCGCCCUGAAGAAAGCUCUCACCGCCGGCGGAUACGAUGUGGAGAAGAACAACUCCCGCGUCAAGCUCGCCAUCAAGAGCCUCGUGACUAAAGGCACACUGGUCCAGACUAAAGGAACCGGUGCUUCAGGAUCUUUCAAACUCAACAAAAAACAAGUCGAGACUAAGAAACCAGCGAAGAAAGCCGCUCCUAAAGCAAAGAAACCCGCAGUGAAGAAGCCCGCUGCCGCUGUUGUUGCCAAGAAGCCGAAGACCGCAGCGGCAAAGAAGACCGCCGCAAAGAAAUCUCCCAAGAAGGCCAAGAAACCUGCCGCCACCGCCGCUAAAAAGGCAACGAAGAGCCCCAAGAAGGCGAAGAAGCCAGCGGCCCCCAAGAAAGCAGCCAAGAGUCCGAAGAAAGCAGCUAAAAGCCCCAAGAAGGUCAAGGCUGCAAAACCCAAGACGACAAAGCCCAAAGCAGCGAAGCCUAAAAGGGCCGCCCCGAAAAAGAGGUAA